AAGCCCGGGCCUACUAUUAACUGCUGCCCUAAAGUAUGGCGUCUGCACGAAACUCAAAUGAUAACAGUACGCGUCAUCAGUAAACUGCAACCAUUUUAUUGUUGUUGUAAAUGAAACGGUUGGAAGUGCAAUAUGAAUCUGUAUACGCACUAUGCAUUUAUGUUUCUUUUUUCGAUAUCUACCUCUGUCGGAGGGGAUUUUGACCCGUUCAUGGAUGCCGACUUAUUCAAGAUAACAUGGCCAGGAGCAUCAGAAAUUGAUAUUGAGAAGACAGUUGAUGAAAGCCGGGUAGUCGUUAUGACCACAAACAAGGAGAGGUACCAGUGCAUCCUGCCCGAGUCACGCGACAAGAGAGAUAGCUCUAAAAGCGACUAUGAGGGGCAGACAGCUGAUGAACUGAUGAACAUUCUCUUUACUCAGACCACAUGUUCAUACCGGAUUGAAAGUUAUUGGACGUACGAACUAUGUCAUGGCAAACACCUGCGACAAUAUCAUGAGACAAAAGAUGUCGGGCAGAAACCUAAAGUUCAAGAAUACUUUCUUGGUUAUGGAAAAGUGGAUAAAAAAGACGAUUCUGAAUCAUCAAAUAUAAAGAUCCGGAAAGUAGAAGGUAUUUCUCUCCCCUAUUAUGAAGUAAACAUGACCGAUGGAACCGCGUGUGAUCUGACACAACAGCCUCGGAGAACACGCAUCUUGUACGUGUGUCAGCCGGAUGGCCACGGGGAAAUCUACGAGUUCAAGGAGAUGUCGACAUGUGAAUACGAGAUGAUGGUGUUGACAUCUGUGCUGUGUGGACAUCCAGACUUCAGACCCAAGAAUUCGCCUGUGGGUGAGAUACAGUGCCGCGCUCUUGAUGGAUCCCCAACGAAACCAACACAAUUAAAGAGAAUGGAAAGAAAUGUAGCCCACACCAGAACACCCUCUCCGGAGCCAGCUCCACAGCCGACCCCAGAGGUGGUGCCAGACAACGUGGCCACCAAGAUGCCCCCACAGUACGUCGAGCAGCACAAUCUGGGCUCCACCACCGACAAGCAGCUGCUGCGAGAGUUCAUGACUGGAGACUAUUGUCUUAAAGGGGGCCAGGGAUGGUGGAAAUACGAAUUUUGUUAUGGAAUAUAUGCAAGACAAUAUCAUGAUGAUUCUCAGGGAAGAACAGUCAUCAAUUUAGGUCUCUGGAAUGAAGCAGCUCAUUUACUGUGGUUGGAGCAAAAUACUCAAAAACGACCACGAGAAAUAGGAAAAAGAAAAUUUAUUUCCCUGUUCUACAGUGGUGGAGACAUAUGUGAUAUUACAGGCAAACCCAGGACAGUAGAAGUCAAAUUGAAAUGUGUGGUGAACACCAACCACCCCCACUCUGUCGGCAUCUACCUCAUGGAGCCGUCCACGUGCGCAUAUAUCCUGGGUAUCGAGUCUCCCAUCUUCUGUUCAUUGCUGGACAAGGCAGAUGAUAAUGGAAUAUUGAGGAAUAUUGAGACAUGAUGAUUUCGUUAAUUAGGGUUUUCAAAAGUUGUAUAAUGUUUAAAUUACAUUAAAUUACAGUUGUAUCAUAAAUGCAACAAUCUGGAAUUCAAUUGUAUUGGUGGCAUACAAGUUAUCUUAAGCAGGACAUUAAGGUUGAGGACAAUAGAUUAAAUCUUCAAGUUAGGCAUAGGUCCAAAUAUGAAAUUAGAUUCAAAUUCUAACAAGAAUGUAUACAAUAUAAUUUAGUUCACAACUAAAUGCCACAUCCCACUCAUAUUAAAUUGGUAUAUAUUUCGUGCAGAGUUGCAUCCCUUGUGCAUGCAAGGAACCUGUGAUUGUGUGUUCAAAUUCACCCUGAAUCCUUGGUUUUGUCAGCACAAUACCCAGGCUUUACUCCCACAGCUGAUGUGACAAAAUGAAUCUUUAGAGAGCAUUAUUCCCAACUCUUCCACUCAGUGUUUGUAUCUCGAUAGUGUAAUCCGACCUGUGAACAUCAGGAUAGAGAAUGCGUCUUCAGCAACCCAUGCUUGCCGUAAAAAGCGCUUAUGCUUGUUGAGAGGCAACUAAUGGGAUCGGGUGGUCAGGCUUGCGGACUAGGUUGAUGCAUGUCACCGUAUCCCAAUUGACGUCAUAUAGCUGGAAUAUUGCUGAGUGGGGCAUUAAACUACAAACAAACAAACAAAUGAUAGUGUAAUCAGAUUUAGACAAAUGGUUAUUAGCCUUAUUUUGGAAUUGUUUUAAGCGUUUAUAUUCAAUCUUACCUGUUCCAUCAACAGAUCACAUUAAUGCAAGUACAAUGUAGUUAUUGUUUAUAGAUUUUAUAAAUUGUCAGUGUUAAAAAGCAGGACCUUUUAAUAGAAAAAAAUGUUUUGGGGCACUGGAUUUUACCUUCAACGAAGUUGUUCACAUGUUGUUGACAGUACUGUAUUUGCUGUUUGAUAUUUAUGUCUAUUGCUGUACUCGAGCCUUGUUAAAUGCCUUUUGGCAGAAUCAUAUGAGUUUAUGUUCUCUCUCAAGCUUGGAGAUAAACAUGUCUUGUUACGUAAAGAUUGACCACAGUAUCAAUCAGUAGCACCAAGCGUAUAUGGAGCGACAGGGUAGCCUAAUGGUUAAAGCGUCAGCUCGUCACACUGAAGACACAGGUUUGAUUCCCCACAUUGGUACAAUGUGUGAAGCCAAUUUCUGGUGUUCCCUGCCGUUGAGUAGCAUCUAGUUGGAAACAAGGUGCUAUGCAAAUCCAUUAUUGUUAUUGUCCUUCACUGUGGCAUCUAUUCAUUGUUCAGACUUAAGGGGCUCCUCUGGUCCUUGAGAUUCGCUCCUGUAGUAUCUAAGGACCUAAAUGUUUAACCUUCAGCAUUAGCACAAUAAGGAUCCCUUGACUUUCAUGCAUAAUCCUGAACAAUUGUCUAUUGCAGUACGAUAGACAUUAUGCCUUAUAUUUUUAUAUUUGGUUCACAAUAUUAAAUACAGGUGGUCAGAAUUUUGUUUUUGAAAUAUCAACUCCACAAUAAAUUUACUAUUAAUGAACAUGAUGAAUGAAAAUAAGGCUGUAAUACGGGAAAUCAGUUGUUAGUAGAUUCCGCCUUCUUUGUAUACACCCUCAAACAUCUCAACUCGUUUCAAGAGAUUGUUUGUAAAUGGUCGUGAUUUCAUCAUCUAAACAGCAAUAUUUUAUACAUUCCUGGGACAACACACCAUACAUUUUGUGAAACAAUCCACCCUUAAAAUUUAGAAUUUUGGCUUUUUUUCAUAUUUACGUUUUCUCUUUAGUAAGUUUGGUUUUGUAAACCAGCUAAUGAAAUACAAAAAGACCGCUUUAAUAGAAGUAUGACAAGAAAGAAAUAAUCACAGGCUUCAACAAAAUCAUCUUUAUCUAUCCUCACAUAGCAUAUGUGGACAGGUUUUAAGGAAUAGUGUAUAAUUUCCUUUAAACUUUUAUUUAAUAAAAAAUGUGUUUCCAUGCAUUAUUGCAUAUAUCUGGAGUUCAAUCAUUGGUCUUGAACAAUUCCUUUAAGUACCCUUUGAAUUUUAUUUUGACAAACGUUUAUUUAUGUUUCCCUUUUUGAAAACUUGUCAGACGAAAGAACAGGGCUCUCCAACUGUUAAAUGUUUUCAUUUUGACAGUGAGAUAACCAGAGGGUGAAGUAUUGUGAAGCUGUGUGUUCAAAUCUUCAGAUGAGCAAAAUGUGGCGCCAUUUCUUACUGGCCCUGUCUUCAUCGUUCUAAUGUUAUUGCUAAAUCCCUACUCACUCACUCACUCACUCACUCCACAUUUGUGGUAAAGGGAAGAACAUAUACCAGCUGUUUUUUGUUUUCAAAGGGCAAAUCUCCCCAGAAUUUAUACAGUAUUUUAAUUUCUCUUUCAGCGAGGGUUCAUAUUUUAACUGAAGUUUUCUGAAUAAUGUUGAAAUAUUUGUCAAUUCUUGAUCAAAAGGAAUUCCGUUGUCGUGGUUAUGGAUUAUUUUUUUACAAUGAUGUUGGAGAAUGCAUUUACAAAUAUUGAAGAAUAUCAGGUUUUGGAGAUUUAUUUCUACACGAAAACAUAAUUGAAGAGUGUUUGUAUAGCAUGAAAACUCCAAACUUGGUUCAUGAAUAGUUGAUAUCUAAGUUUGAGAUAUCCCUGUAUUAUGCUAUGAGGUUGAUCUCACAGCUAACAUUUCCAUAUACAAAGUGUACAUACUGUCACUGGCUUAUGUAAAUACGGACCACAAUGUUCUAUGCAGUAAAAGACUUUUAUGAUAAA